CACAGCUCAUUGCAUGUAAAUGACCGAUCAUAUUGUUUUUAGUAUAAAUAUCUGUCAACUCUGAAAUAGAAAUCAUAACGAGUUCGGCAUACAAACGAACAAAAUGUUCUCUGCUGUGUCGGCACUACUCCUCGUGGCUACGGCCGCAAACGCUGCCUCUAUCAAGCAAGUGGCAGUCCCACCCAACGGUCGUAUUUACGGCGGUGAGGCGGUCGUCAUUGAAUCCUACCCGUACCAAGUUUCCAUCGAGUACGGAGAUAAGCACAUGUGCGGAGGCUCAAUCAUCGACAAGGAAUGGAUCUUGACUGCUGGACACUGUGUCAACAUGGCCGUCUUUAUGAUGUCAAUUCGUGCUGGUACAUCCUACGUAAACAGAGGUGGCACCGUCCAUAACGUUGAAAAGAUCAUCCGCCACCCUGCCUUUAAAGUCGACUACAGAGGCGUCCCAUUUAACGACAUUGCCUUGAUCAAGCUCCGCGACCCAAUCGAGUACGACAACCAGCACGAUAAGAUUGACCUCUACGAGAAGUUCGAAAAGAGCAAAGUAGGUGUCAAUGCAACCGUUAGUGGCUGGGGUGUUACCGAGAAUGGUUUUAAAGACCAGCUCCGAGCCGUAUCCGUCCCAAUCAUGGACACCGAUGUGUGCCGAUCGGCUUAUGAAAGAUUCGGGGGUCUGCCUGAUAAGCAGAUCUGCGCUGCCAAUUACCUCGAAUUUACUGGCAAGGACGCUGGCAAGGACGCUUGCCAGGGUGACUCCGGCGGCCCACUCGCCAUCGCGUAUCGUCUUGUCGGUAUUGUCUCUUGGGGCAGAGGUUGCGCUGAUCCUGAAUACCCUGGUGCCUACACCGAGGUUGCUGCCUACCGCGACUGGAUCGAUGAGACUAUGGCAAAGAUGUAAAUGAUAAAUCUUCAUAGUUCUCAUUAUUCAGAAUCUGUCCGUCAACGUGAUUUUUGUACAAAUAUUUUAGGUAUAAUACUUUUUUAUACGAAAAUGUUCACCAUGAAUCAAAAAGCUUUUGGCUUUUUAUAUGUACUUAAGUAAAUUAAUUAAAUGUAAAUAACUUAACUGCAA